AUGAGCCUUGGUGGGCUUGAUACUUCUCGAGCACCAUCCUCGAACACUACGGAAGCACCUAGACAGCCGAGACACAUAGCGGCUCAAACGAUUGAUGUUGUCCGCUCUCCUGGCUAUGUGCACCAAGCAAACGAAGUCAGUAUAAUUCGACGUGAACUAGACUCAAAUUCGUCCCUUUCUACAAGUCGCAGGCACGUUCUAGAGUCUGCCCUAUCCUUGAUUAGUGACUUUAGCAAUCUCUCGCAUUUAGUCGGAGGCUCCAGCUAUGAUCAAGGGCCAGAGGACGAUGCAUCUGCAGACAAUAUAGUCCUUCCCGAAUUAUUUUUCAUGAUGAUGAAUCCCUCUUCCGACUAUUCCGCGCCGUGGAAGCUUCACUGGCCUGAUCAUUUAUCUCAUGAAAGACUUGAGAGUAUGUGUCUAGCAGUCAUUAAUGGCAAAGCAACCGGCCAAAUAGAAUCUCAGUACAAGGUUUGCAUAUUUGCCCGAGCUGUUACCUACAUGAACAGAUGGUUGCGUGUCUGCACGUCGAGCGAAUUGGCACAAGCUCUAGAGUCUUCCAAGAAAAGUUACAUCGCUGCUGCCCUCCGGUCAAUCCGACAGCUUGAUAUUCUGCACAAACCCAGCCUGUUGAUGCUUCAGUCUUUGCUUUCGGGGGUUAACUUAAUGCAAAACUUGGGCGAUACCACUCAAGCUUGGACUUUUACAGCUUUCGCAUCUCGGUUAUUGGUGGCAUUGGGUUAUCAUAGCAUGGACUUUAGGAUGCUAGAGGAGUGUGAUCAAUCCCACGAGAUACGCGGUUGUAUACGGUGGUGCUAUUACUUUGAUAAGGCUCUGAGCAUGCUUCUUGUGCGACCGCCAUCCUUGCCGGCCCUGAGUAUUGAGCCGGUUUCUUUGCUUCAGUCAAGGCCAACAGACCCCUUGGAUCUGAAAGCUAAUAUUUUGAUCAAGUUAGCACAUGUGCUGGAUGGUGCACUUUCUUUGCUAGCGCCUGGCGAUGGGAUCCCCGAUAACCAAGCGCUGGGAGCUAUCGCCCGCUUAGAAGUCGAGUUGCAAGACAUAUGGGAGGAAUUGUGCGAAGCCCGAGCCAAAUCGAGUGGCACAUUAGAACUACGUUUGGAAUGGGAUGCUGUGGAUUUCACCUAUCAUUCUAUCAUAACAACAGUCUUGCGACUGAAUUCAAUUUCCUUACAUGACCAUCGUGUACGUGAGCGCUGCUUAUCCCACGCUCGCAGAGCGCUACGGUCAAUGAAUGUGCUACAAUGUCAUAUCUUGCGUGGUGAACAGAUCUAUCACGAUUUUGUUUUCUGGACCAUACUUCUCUACCCGCUUACACCUUUCUUCAUCAUUUUCUGUAAUGUCCUUGCAACGUCUAAUCGUGAGGACUAUAAUCUUUUAACUCAAAUAACCGCCGCCUUGUCUCGCAUCAAAGAAUAUAAUCCUUCUAUUUUUCGAUUGCAUGGACUAUUUUCACAAUUUAUAGCUUUAUGUGAUCAGCUUUAUGAGGCGAUAGCUCAGGAUGCAUCACAGCAACCUGUACCGACCAUGGGCGCAGUCCACAGCCACGACACUGAAGGCCCUGUCCCUAGAGGGUUUAGCAUCUCAGCGUCUGCUCAACUCCAGGGAUCAUCUACCGCACGGGCACACAGCAUUGAUACCACUCAACUCGCGACUUCGGAGCCACAGGCAUCGUAUUCAGAUCCGGAGGGCCUUGGAGCUAGUGGGGAAGGGCUGUAUCAGAGACCAUCAUCAUUGUGGGAUGAUGGACUUAUGUGGGAGCUUUUCAAUGUCCAGCCCACCAUUGAAUGGUUCGAUGCAGGAUACAAAGACAGUGCGACUGGAUUGUAA